AUGCCCUUUAAGAGGCGUAACGCCGGAAGAUCCAAGCAUGGCAGAGGCCAUGUUAACCCUGUCAGAUGCAGCAACUGUGGCCGUUCAGUUCCAAAGGAUAAGUCAAUUAAGAGAUUUAAUGUAAGGAACAUCGUCGACGCAAGCGCUCAGCGUGAUAUUAGGGAAGCUUGCGCCUAUUCACUGUUCAAUGUGCCCAAGUUGUACAUUAAACAGUGCUAUUGCGUGAGUUGUGCAAUUCACUCGAGGGUUGUUAGAGUCCGUUCUGCCCAAGGACGCAAGGUUAGGACUUACGUUCAACAAAGACAAAUGCAAGUCAAACUAAACCUGCCAAACAAGGACAAUUAG